GGAGAGGGAGAGGAAGUGGAUGAGGAAGGCAGAUUCCUCAGGGCAGCGGAGAUUCACGGCUCACCUCCCCGGAUGGGAGGAAGAAACAGAUGCAGAAAGUGGAAUGGUGGCCAGAGGAAGACAACUCUGAUUCAGAGGGAGAAAUGGUAGAAGAGACUGAGGAGAAUAAAGGAGGUGAGCAAGGAAAUCCAACAGAAGACAUUGCCGAGGAUUUGGAGAAGGUCAGGCAAAUGUUUGAAAAAUGUUACGACCGGUUGGUAAUCCCAGACACCUCCAAAUUCGCGAAGUUCACCCUACAAGAUAAGAAGGUCAUUAUCCAUGUUGAUCCGAAGUUGGAAGAAGCACAAGAGGACUGGCUGAGGGAGAAUGUAGUAGUUGUCUUCUUCCAGGGCUCUUUCCGUUCGGUUUCAGCAGAAAGGAAAGAAGAGUGCAUAAGAAUUAUAGAGGACACGAUUCUGCCUGCGACAUUGCAUCACAAGGAAAGAGGGAGGGUACAUCAAGAAGGCAGAAAUGUGAUGUCCUACCUCCCAAGAGACAGAAAAACAGUAGACCUCYUGCUGCGAAUGGGUUCUCACAAACUCAAGGURGRAGRGAAACAGUAUAAACUAUCCUUCAAAAGAUGGAUGUCAGAAAAGGAGAUAGAGGAAACAAGGGCAGAAGAUGCUGUCAGUAAGAUCUGGGUAAUGACCCUUAGAGUUCCAGUUAAAGCGGUCCCCUUCGUGAGAUCAGGAAUUGCAUUCGCUGUGGGCAAGGUCUGCAAGCAGUACCCCUCAGAGAGAUCUGCUGCCGCCUCUUUGAGUUUCGCCUCAAGAAUAAGGGCAUACAACAUGAAGAAAGAAGAAGAGGAAUGCAUUGACAAAAUAGAGUGGGAAGAGAAUAACUUAGGAAAGGAACCCUAUCUUGACGAUUACUGGUACGAACAACGGUCUAUGUGGAAGGAUAAAUUGGAGAACAUGCAAAUUGAGAAGGAAAAGGUAUGGGCCGAAAGGGCCAAGGUCAAGUGGAUGGAAGUUGGAGAUAGAAUGACAAAAGAAAACUGCAGGAGGUUAGCAGCACAAAAAAGAGUCUCUCUCAUUGUGGAACUAGACCAUCCUUUCGACUCUUUUGAACCUCGUGCCAAAACAUCAGUAAAUAUCUUGGAGUAUGCCAGGUCAUACUACCAGAAUAUUCUUAUCUCCUGUAGGCCAUCAGAGAUUGUGAGGAAUGAACGAGAAGCAUACGAGGCUCUGUGGCAAACGUUUGACAUGAAACUGCCCAAUGAUGUUCGGCUAGACCUGGACAGGCCGGUUUCAUUGGAAGAAUUGACAGAGGUCAUUCGGGUCAUGCCCAAGGGCAAAUGCCCUGGAAGUGAUGGUCUACCAACAGAGUACUACACCCAGUUCUGGGAUCUCUUGGGUCCAGAAUUAGUGUCUAUAUACAAUGAUCUUUUACUGGAAAGAGAGAUGGGGGAGGACAUGAGACUGAGGGUCAUCUCCCUCCUCUAUAAGAAGGGUGAUAAAAGGAACAUCCGGAAUUGGCGCCCCAUUUCUCUUCUUAACCUGAGUUACAAGAUCCUAGCAAAAACGCUAGCGUGUAGACUAAAGAAGUAUCUCCCAGGUUUGAUUGGAGUAGAGCAGGCAGGUUUUGUGCAAGGUCGCAAUAUUUUGCAUAAUAUUCUGCUAACAAUGGAGGCUCUAGAGUUAAUCGAUGAAAAACACCCUGAAAUGGUAGCUCUCCUCCUAGAUUUGGAGAAGGCCUAUGAAAGGGUCAAUUGGAAUUUUGUACUAAAUGCCUUGGACAAAGCGGGUUUUGGGACUAAUUUUUGCACAUGGUUCAAGGCAAUGUACGCGAAGGGAGUGGGGAAAGUCAUGGUGGGAAUGUUGAAUGCCAAGAAUCAAGCAAGCACGCUACUAGAAGGCAAAGUGCUAUCCAAGAUAGAGAAGGUAGCUGCAGUACCAGGGGUCUCCAUUCAAGGGAGGGCCCUCUUGUUGAAUGUGUCUAUAUUCUCCAGCCUAUGGUAUGCAGGCGCAGUGAGGCCAUUGGAACAAGCCUCCUAUGGAAGAAUUAGAAGCAGAGCCAUACGCUACUUAUGGAAAGGUGUCUUCCAGGACAACAUAGGUUUCAUGGCCAAGGUGGCAUGGAGGAAAGUGAUUGGUCCCAGAGAGGAGGGCGGUUUGGGUAUCCUGGAUCCGGAGGCGCAAUUGAAUGCACUGUUGGCGAAAUGGCGCAUCAAUCUCUUGUUUGAAUGCUCAGGUCACCCUUGGGGUGACCUAGCCACCAGCUCCUUGGCAUCCUUCUGGGGGCUGCAAAGGAGAGACGAUGUAGGAGUAGCCUUGCUCACCAAGUCUUUUGUGUCGAAGAAAGGAGUAUCAGGGGUAUGGGCGGACAUCAUGAAGGCCUGGAGCAAGGUUCUUCCCACUCUAUAUCAGGUACCCCGCACUGCAGAGGAGGUGCUUAUGCAGCAUCUAUUUGAAAAUAUUUGGUUGAAAAAUGAGGAAGGCCUGCCAUGGUCUGCGGAUGAGGUCCCUGGAUCCUUUGGCCAUGCAUGGAUCCAGCGUGGUAUCUCUAGGAUCAGUGAUCUCUGGGACAUGGAACUGAAGCAGUGGCGCUCUCCACUGGAACUGAAAGGAAAACUCUCCCAUAUGAGAUGGGUGUCAGAGAGAGUUCACGCAAUUAUUGACAGCGUACCUGAUCAUUGGGUACAAUUGCUUCGCUCCCCAGUGGAUUCAUUAGUGGGUAACUGGGUAGCUAAUCAGUUGGAGGCUCUUCCUCAGGUCGUCUGGAAAGUCUCAGAGGUGAAAGACGAACACACAGCAGUUAGGAUCAGUUAAGAAGACAGACAGUGGGAUGCUAGAAAUACUCCCAUCUGGAGAGACCACCACAAUCAACAUGAACCAGUGGA